AUGAACAUUGUGAGAGUUCAGCAAUUUUCUCUUUUUAUCACAAAUUUUGUUCCAGCUUCCUGCUCUCAGUCCACUUCCGCUGCUCCACCUGCUAGUCCUACUGAUGGUUUAAUUUGCGGGCCUAAUCGCAACGAAAACUAUUCGAAUGCAUCACCCAGAAGCCAGAGCGCCGCCAAUAACACCCUUUACAAUCGAGUUGGUCGUACUCCGUUUCCCGGGCUGGGCUUGGCCAGAUCGGCCGUUGAUUGA